GCAAUCUCGUUUCUUCAAAGGUCUUUGUGUCAUCAUCAAUGGAGAAAUUGGAAAAACCAGCUUCGACAAUUCCGAAGCGGACCUCAAAUAAAUCCCAGCCCGAAUUCGAUUACUCUUUAAGGAAACAAAAGUUCAGAGAAAAUUGCUUCAGAAGAGUUAGAGAAGAUAGGACUCGUUUACUGUGGAAAUUGAGGAUCUCUGAUUGUCAAUCUUCAGAUCAAAAGGAGAUUAUCAAUUCUGCUUUCCAGGAUAUUGUUUCUGAUGAAUUGAAAAAGAUCAAGGAUUCGUCGAGAAACCUUUCGGGGAAUCCGACUGUGAAUGAAGAUUGUGAUGAUAUAUUAUGGGAAUAUGAGGAGGGUCUUAAAGGUGUUUUUGAAGGUGAUAGUGAAGAUAUAUUGUUAGAAAUGCAACAGAUAUUCUACAAGGAUUUGUUAUCAGACAACGGAUCAGAUGUUCAGAUCGAAACAUGGGAAGACGAGGAAGAUGAUUACUUGGCCGCCUUAGUUUCUCAGAAUAUGUGUUUAAACAGUGAACAGGAGCAAAACCAGAUAUGGUGUCCGAUAUGCAAGAAAGGAGAGCUUAUGGAGAAUAACCGACACAUCUAUUGCAACAUGUGUGAAAUGCAGCUUAAUAAAGGCGAAGAGGUUAAUCUGAAUAUUCUGCAAGAAAGGUUAGCAGAAGUGCACGCUGAACAUCUCGAGAGAGGAUGCAGAUUAAAACCCAAAUUCAGUGUUCAGAGUGUGUAUAAUUUGAAGGCGUUGUACAUAACAUGCGAGGCUUGUAAUACGUUUGAGGUUGUUGUAUAAAGCUCUUAACAUAAAGAAGGAUACACAUCAUUUAUCCUGUAUAUCACUCGAGAUCAUUAUAGGUUAGGCAUGAUGUAUAACUGCAAAUACAUAUGGUUUAUUUUG